AUGUCUCGUUAUACUUCCGCUCAUAUUAACCCUGAAGGUCCUGGGGAUGCUAGACCAACUGCAUUGCAGAUCGUUACCGAUAACAACAUAGCAGACAAGUUGAAUGGCAAAGUCGCCGUCGUGACCGGUUGCUCAGCUGGGCUCGGUAUCGAGGUAGUUCGUGCUCUUGCUGUGACAGGGAUUACUCUCUAUCUAACAGCGAGAGACAUUGUCAAAGCAAAGAACACUUUGACCGACAAAGUGAACGUUUCUAAAAUUCAUUUCGUGAAAAUGGAUCAGACCUCGUUGCAGAGCGUCCGGGAAGCGGCUAAUACCAUCCUCUCGAAGACGCACACGGUCAAUAUUCUUAUCAACAAUGCUGGAAUCAUGGCUAUCCCAGAACUACAACUGACCAAAGACGGAUUUGAGGUUCAAUUUGCUACCAAUCACCUAUCUCAUUUUUUGUUCUUUGGACUUCUCAAACCCGCUCUACUAGCUGCUACUACACCGGAAUUCCAAUCGCGAGUAGUCAUACUCUCGGCCGCUGCUCAUCGAAUUCAAGGUCUCAAUCCUUCUGGCGAUUACUUUUUUAAAAAUACCCAGUAUGAUCCGUGGCGGGCAUAUGCCCAGUCCAAGUGCGCAAACAUUUACAUGGCCAAUGAAAUUGAGCGUCGGUUUGGAGCACGCGGGCUUCACGCGACCAGUUUACACCCCGGAAUUAUCGUGACUGGUCUGAGCAAAUUCGUCUCACCAGAAAUAAGAGACUCAAUGCUGCAGGAUCAAGCCCUACUGAAAACCUUUAAGAAUCCUGAACAGGGAGCAGCUACAACUAUUUAUGCGGCAAUUGACAAAGAUUGGGAGGGCAGGGGUGGAAAGUACCUUGUAAAUUGCACCGAGGCUGUCCGAGGCCCAGAUGAUGGAUAUCGAGCUAGUGACACGUACGUUAGUCACACUUACUGUCCAGAACUGGAGGCUCAGCUGUGGAGAGAUUCACUGGAGUUGGUUGGUUUGGAAGAAACCACGUACUGA